AUGGAAGUCUACGCCCACCCCACCUCCUCACCCACGCUGCAAAAAGCCCUCCAAGCCACCCUCCCGUACAGCAUCAACCUGAAAUACCGCACACAACACCCAAACCAAACAGAACACGCGCAUAUCCUCGCCACAUUUUCUCCCUCUGUUUCCACCAUACCGCAAUGUUGGGCAGCAGCUUACCUCGACCGCUCAAUGCGCCCAGAAACCGAGCUAUGGAUCUUCAGCACCGGCGAACAGCCUAAUCACUCAGAGUCAGAUGAGUUUUGUAAAGAUUGUAAAAAGGUGGUAUUGGCAUUAGUGGACUACAUGUCUACACUUCCCACGCCACCCAUACGCUGUGACAACCUCCCUGCUAUGGACCUCGCGAAACAGCACGAAAAGGAGUAUCCGAAUCCUCCCAGUUCAGGAGCGUACGAGUUAUCGCCAGGUACCUACAUGCGACACCUACUCAUGUCCAAAGUCGUCACGUUGGGCGCAAUCCAGAAGGAUGUUCUGCAAGUACUGCACGAAGCAGGUGUCGUACGAAGCGAACUCCCAGGUCCAGAUGCGGAACUGAACAAGUUUCUCUUCAAGCUUUCCGAUCUGCCAGAAACACGUGAGCUACCCCAAGGACUGCGGUGGGGUGAGAUGCGCGAGCAAGACAUCGACCUAGUGAAAUCGCGGACAUCUAUUCCACGAACGACAAAAACUCUGAUGUCAUUGGAAAGUGUAGGUGUAUUUGAAGAAGAGACGGAUACACCUGUAGCCUGGACUUUUCUUGGGUUAGAUGGAUCACUUGUCACAUUGCAUACAGAAGAGGCGUAUAGAGGGAAGGGCAUAGCAAAGGCAGUUGCAGCAAAACUUUUCAAGCAACAUGCAGCUGGAUUAGCAGUAGACGAUCAGUCAAAUGCGUGGGGACACGCAGAUGUAUACACUGGCAAUGUGCAGAGCGAGAGCGUGUGUAGAAGCCUGGGUGGCAAACCACUUUGGAGGUGCUUUUGGGUGCGCAUAGAUCUAGAGAAGGCAGGGACGCUUGCGGGCAUUGCCUGA